GAUUGGAGGACCAUACAGCAGUCUGGCCCACUGAUGAGACAGAGGGCCGUUCCACACUGUCAGGCUGUUUCAUACAACAUUGCGCGAGUGCGAGAGAAUAACAGCAGCUCUGCAUUAAGGUGCUGACAGCGGGAGAACUUCACUGAUAGACUCUCCUCCUUCAAGGAAGCAGCACAAGAGAAAACCGAACACAACUAAAGACAAGGAAGUGACAUCGUGGGAGGAGCUACGACCCUCUGGCCCCUCCCCCCCUUUCUGAGGAGGGUUCUCUGGAAUCACUGGGCAGUCAGACGGGGAAAGCAGUGAGAGACACAGAAGGAGGAUGGGAGGAGCCAGCUCCAGUGAUCAGAUGGCUCCAUCUCCAAACACCUUCUCCUUCACUCAGAAAGAGCUCAACAAACUGAAGUCUGAUGAUGAACCUUCGUGGGUAGUAAAGGUUAUGCCAUUACACACAAAGUUAGAUGAUCUGGAUUCUACAGAGCUGAACAUUGCAGUGACAGGAGAAACAGGCUCUGGGAAAUCCACCUUCAUCAAUGCAAUGAGGAGCCUGCAGAGUGGUGAUGAAGGGGCAGCUGAAACUGGGAACAUUGAAACCACAAUAGAGCCGAUUGGGUACAAAGAUCUCAAAAUGUCAAAUGUCCGUUUCUGGGAUCUGCCAGGAAUUGGAACAACAAAAUUCCCAGCAGAUAAAUACUUCAGGGAAAUGAACUUUAAUAGUGUUGUUCACAGAAGGAAAUCUGUCAUCUGUAACCUGAUCUUUGAUGCUGCCCUCACAGAAAUCUGCAUUCCUCUUAAGCCACUCAAUUGAAUCAAACGACCACACAAAGGCAAAAGCUGGAUUGACCCAUCCACUAGGAAUCGUGGGAUCAGUAAAGACAAAGGCAUGAUGAACCAAGUCAAUCCCAUAAAGCUCUUUUCUCGGCAUGCAGAGUGGAGUUUAAAAUAUAUCACUGUGACUACAACUGGGUCAAACUGCUGGCGUUCGCUCCAUCACAAGGAAUUGUGGGUGUGUCUUCACAACACGGACACCAGUGAUUUUGGAAGGAGGUGCACUACCCUCUUCUCAAGGGACAGUAAGG